GCUACCCUUGACUUAUCGGCACACGACAUCGUCUCUGUACAGCGGAUUCCCCACUAUAACUGCCCUCAUGACAGGCUCUCCCAGCGGCCACUGUGCCCAUGAGCCCACUAAAACAAGCCUGUCUGCACGCUCUUUAGUGCGGGUCUCGGCCUGAUACUACCGCUGGGCCUGCCCCGAACGCAGCCCAGCGAGUCACUGGACCCUCUCUGCUCUCCGCUUUCUUCUCGCCCGCCUUCUUGUCGUCCUUCGUUUUUAAACUUUCCCUCUUCCCCGAAGCCGGCACGAUUCCGUCAUUUUGCGUCAAAACCUUCUCGAAAAUAAAAUAUCCCGCACCUUUCUUUUUGCUUUCGCUGCCUUUGCUGUGUAUUUGCUCGACUUGCUUCUUUUGUCUGCUUCUUCGUCGACGUUUCUGCACCAAAACGCCACUCACACUCACGCACGCUGCAUUCGCUGCUUUUCAACGAUAGCCGUUGCACCCCUCUUUGCCAGUUAAUCGUCAAAUGGCCUUAUAGCACAGCGUGUAUAUGAAGAGUUCUGCCGCCCAUCAAUAGCUUCGAGCCACAGCGUAGCUGUGGUUCUAGCACGCACAAGAAUGCCCAUCUUUAAUGAUGACAUCGACCGCCCACGGGCUCCGACUACACUACAACAACCUCCGUCUGAACCACUACGACAGCGUAUUUCACAGCAACCCUCGCCACCACACUCGCAGCCUCUCCCGUCUCCUCAUAAUCGCCGGCUCUCAGAAGAAAGCCUGCCGCUGGAAUUAUGUGAGGGCCCAAUACCCGACAGUCCGAUCAACCCGUCUACGCCCGAGGAUGCAUCCCUGCUUACCUCAGAUCGAUCGGUCUUGAUUGAGCGUCUUAAACGAGGAGAAAGUCCAACUUGGAUACCCACCAGACAUUACAACUCGAUUCUCCAAUAUGACGACAUCCCACCACAGCGAACGUCCCGAUCUUCCUCUCAGUCGUCCAGUCUGCUUCCUGCGGCCCAGCUAACACCAGAAAAGACGGCUGGUCAAGAUAUUAUUGACGAACGCUUCCAAGAGGGCAUUGAAAUCGAGAGACCCCGUUCCGCUCUUCACAGCGGUGACUUCACCCAUGAUGGAUUACAACAGCAGCCACACAGCAGCAGCUCGUCCCAGCGACCAGAUGAACGCAUUACCAGCCAAGAGUCAUGGUUUGCUACCUCACCUCCUCGCAACUUUCGACCGUCGUUCCAUUUUGAUCGCCGCCUGCCGCACUCAGAGUCGUUUCAGUCAAUAACUUCUCCCCUCUCUGCUUCUCAGUCAUCCACAUUUGCUUAUCAGCCCCCUACAAGUCCUCUCGCACAAAGCAUCACCAAUGACGAUCUGGAUCCAGCACCGUUGUCAACUGAGCGAUUUGCAAACUAUAGACGCCAAGUGUUCAAUUUUGACUCCUCGCCAUUCUCAUCUCCUUCACGACCACCCGUUUCUUUCCGCCGAGAAGCGACCUUCCCAUAUCAGGCACACCAACCCCGCCGCUCUCUCACCAACUCAAACAGCUUUCAGCAUAGUCUUUCUCCAGGAACGCCCUCUGCACUUCGAACCCGACGCCUCUCGUUUGGUUCGGAGUCAUCGCCCAUUCAACACGCAUCCAUGGUUGGAUCCUAUGAAGAGAGCAUCCUCCGUGGACGCAUGUCCAGCACGCCCUCCAAGCCGCUCGACUUUAUGGCUCAGAUUGGUGUUCUUGGCAAAGGCAACUGCAAGCCUAAUCUGAAAUGCCCACCACACGUCACCCUAUCGUUCCCAGCCGUGUACUACAACUAUGGCAACACAUCAUCAGGGCGGUCGCAAACGUCGGAUAGCCCUAGUCCAUAUGUCGGACAAAUCGAUCUGGAGAAUGGUCUUCCCAACGUGGAAGAAGAGCAGCGGCUGAAGCGAAAGACGCAGAGCAGGUAUGCCGAUAGGAUUCACGCUGAUGGUGACAUUGAUAUGCUCCUUGAUGGACAUGACGUAGCUGUGGAGAAGCGGCCCAGCCAGCGCCGCUCGAAGAAGCCAUCAGCCGGGCCCAGGGCACCACCAGGUGGAAGCUACCGUAUCCCUGAGCAGGGACAGCUUCAGAUUAUCAUCAAGAAUCAGAACAAGACGGCAGUUAAGUUGUUCCUUAUCCCAUACGACUUGACUGGGAUGGAGCCAGGCACUAAGACAUUUAUCCGCCAACGAAGCUACUCCAACGGCCCAAUUAUUGAUGACGACCGCGUGUCCAAGGUUGAUCCGCUCAACCGCCCAAUGCUGCGGUACCUUAUCCACCUGCACAUAUGCUGCCCAUCCAAAGGCCGCUUCUACCUGUACAAGAGCGUGCGGAUUGUGUUUGCCAACCGCGUACCCGAAGGCAAGGAAAAGCUGCGCAACGAAACGACCUGGCCUGAACCACGGUUCACGCCGUACAAGCCCAUCCGGGUCAUGAACACGGCCGCGCUGCCCAGCAGCCCAAGCAUGAUUCUACCUGCCGAGACAGCUUAUCGCCGCCGCAGCUUGGGGUACUCGUCGAGCGAAGCAAGCCGCGCUGCGUAUGCUCCUCUGGACAUGCGCCAGAGCAGCAACAUGCCAAACUUUGGUUCCUCAUCGCGGGGUAACACGCGCAUGAUUGAUGCCGUUCCGUUUGUAUUCCCGCGGCGCAGCGGCAGCGGCAGUAGCAGCGCCAACGACGGCGAGAUUCCUAGCGUUGUCGUGCGAUCCCCCAGCUCUGGCCAACCCAGCCGUCCUUCGACGGAAGAUUCGUCUGAUCAUGUCUGGGGCGCAAGCAUCUACGAGAAGCUGACGAAAGGCGACUCGCGAUACGGCGGGAAUGCGUUUACUGAGAGCGCAGUGGCUGCGUCUCCGUCUGAGGGUCUGCUGUCGCGGCGUCUGAAGAAUCUCGAGAUGCAGACGGCUGACCAGCAGAAACCGUCACCGAGUGGCGACCCGUUUAUUUAGAAUAUUCUUAUGUUUAUUAUUUAUUAUUUAUUGUUUAUAGAACUUGGUUGGGGGCGUUUUGUGAUACCAGGCCACGGGUCCGAUGACCCGGCAUUAUUAAUAGUACUCACCAUUUCCACUCGUU